AUGGUUAAAAACAAUGGGAGUAAGAGGUCGACGGAUGAAGAUCUGCUCCUGGAUAUCGACAACUGGAUUAAAUUCAGACUGGGCCCUCAGACAGAAGGAUGUGGACGACUGUUUGAAAAACAAAUCUAUGAUUUUAGUCCUUUUUUUUUUAAGGUAUCAGAUUUAACUGAACAGGUUGUGAAACUUGUACCAGAUGAAAUUAUUUAUCUUAUAAAUCAGUUAAUCAUGUUAAUAAGCGAUGAGCAGACAUUUUGCUCGAUUGAGCCGUAUCCAUUCGGUAGAUACCAUUAUCCUUACAGAUAUAUAAAGGACAGCAUUCUUAGUGUCCCAGAAUCAGGCGCCUCAGACCUUAUUGAACCCUGUCAUGAAUUUAAAGCUUUUAUCAAUACACCUAUUGAAAAUCAACUGGAGAAGUUCACCACUGAGGUCAUUCGGUUUGCAGCUGCCUGCAUGAAUUGUCGUACCAAUGGUACCAUACAUUUUGGAAUAAUAGACAAACCUCAUGGUAAGAUAGUGGGGGUCGCUGUUAAUAGCAAAGAAAAGUACCUAAAAGCCCUAAAAUUAGCCAUUGAUUAUUACUUUGAAUACAAGAACAGAGAUGCUGCUCAUAAAUGUAUUAAAACUCCUCGAUUUGUUGAGGUUCUAAACAGAAAUAUAACAUCUUCUGACAAGUUUGUGAUUGAAGUGGACAUUAAGCCUCAGUUUGCCAUCUGUGGAGAAAACGUCUACCAAACCGUUAACAUGAAGCGUCGCAGGAAGAAGACUAGAGAGAAAACAUUCUACAUCAGAGAUGGUGCUAGCUGUAGGAGCCUUUUUGCCCAAACUACAUUUGCUAAGCCUAUGGUUGAGUAUAGGUGGUUUGUUAAGAAAAUACCUGAACUAUCACAGCGACGUAAGAAUGCAGAGGAGCAGCACUCUAAACCAAUAAAAAACACAACUCAAAGUCCGAGGUUGAUUAACAUGAUUACAGGUGGAGCCUUUUCAAUGGAUAAGUCCAAUUUUGAACAUUAUGUCAUCGUGACAAACAAAUCUUAUCCAAGCCAUUUUGAAAAUCUGGAAUUUCUCAUAGAGCUCAAACCAGUAGCUGUUUUAGAUUUUGAUCCUGAAUCGGCUAAAAGUGGAUUGAGUUACUUUAAACAGCAGAUCAGGAUGAACCCCCAUUUACUAGCAAAGUAUGAAAGAAUGGAUAAUAAUAAUUCUGUCCAAUUAGAAUUAUUUAAAGACACCAAUUGGUUUUUCUGCAAUGGAUGUGUUGAGAAAGAGGAACCCUCAGACAUCGAUCAGUGGUUUAUAGAUAAAGGUUAUUUUGUCCACAAUGUGAUUUCUUCGUUGUGCCGUAGAGAAGUGGUAUCAUGGUGGAAUUUCCAUUUCUCUGAAUUACCUGGAUUAACACCAUUCAUUAAACGGGAUAAGUUUGAUUACAUCAUGAAUACUGUUAUACCUGAUUUAUGCUCCCAACCAAAAGCUUGUGUCCUGUUCAAUCUCCUCCACCUGCCUGGUUGUGGUGGGACGACCUUGGCCAUGCAUGUGCUGUGGGCUCUUAGGGACAAAUAUCGCUGUGCCGUCCUCAGGGAAAAGUCUGACUUUGUUAAUGUGGCUGAUCAGGUGAUCAAAUUAUUAAUGUAUCAAUAUGAUGAACAAACACCGAGGGUUCCUGUACUGCUGAUGAUUGAUGACUUUGAUGACAUGGAGAAGGUUGAAGAAUUACAGUUUGCAAUUGAAACGCAGUUUAUUGAAAAAGACCUCCAGGCUGCAAAGGUCAUCCUUCUGAACUGUAUGAGGUCAGAGUUCAAUACAGUGACAGGACUAACUCCAGACACGGUGUUCAUUGGGAACAACCUCUCUGACGAGGAAUUAAGAUCUAGAAAGAGGACACCAGAAUAAUAAUCAUGAUUAAUAAAAUAAUUUUAUUAUUUUUAAUUAAAUUUAAAUAAUUAAUUAAUUAGAAAUUAAUUAAUAGUUAAUAAA